AUGGCAGAAUUCGUACGCGCGCAGAUCUUCGGAACCACCUUCGAGAUCACCAGCCGGAAUGGGAGCAUUCGGUCUUGUCUGCUCACAAACCAGGCUGUUGCUGUCAAGAAGAUCAUGAAGCCUUUCAGCACACCUGUCCUCUCCAAACGCACCUACCGCGAGUUGAAGCUUUUGAAGCAUCUGAGGCAUGAGAAUGUGUGUAUCGAAAAACUUUUUCUUGCCCGGCCAAUUCGUCUGACUGGUUCCCACAGNGUCAUCAGUCUCAGCGACAUCUUCAUCUCUCCUCUGGAAGACAUGUUCGUACAUUUCGUCCGCAAACUCUCCACCAUAUCAACUAACGUCCAUUCAGCNUACUUUGUCACCGAGCUGUUGGGCACCGAUCUUCACCGCCUGCUCACCUCGAGACCGCUCGAGAAGCAAUUCAUCCAAUACUUCCUCUACCAGAUCCUGCGAGGACUGAAAUAUGUCCACUCGGCCGGCGUUGUCCACCGUGACCUGAAGCCCAGCAACAUCCUGGUCAACGAGAACUGCGACUUGAAGAUUUGCGACUUUGGUCUGGCCCGUAUUCAAGACCCUCAAAUGACCGGUUACGUUUCGACGAGAUACUACAGAGCUCCCGAAAUCAUGCUCACCUGGCAAAAGUACGAUGUUGAAGUUGAUAUCUGGAGUGUCGGAUGUAUCUUCGCCGAGAUGCUCGAGGGCAAGCCUCUGUUCCCUGGAAAGGACCACGUCAACCAGUUCUCCAUCAUCACCGAGUUGCUCGGAACCCCACCGGAUGAUGUUAUCCAAACCAUCUGCAGCGAGAACACCCUUAGAUUCGUUCAGUCCCUGCCCAAGCGUGAGCGUCAACCCUUGACCAAGAAGUUCAAGAACGCCGACCCUCAAGCUAUUGAGUUGCUUGAGCGUAUGCUCGUCUUCGACCCUCGCACACGUAUCAGAGCUGGCGACGCCCUGGCUGACCCUUACCUCGCCCCCUACCACGACCCCACCGAUGAGCCCGAGGCUGAGGAGAAGUUCGAUUGGUCAUUCAACGAUGCCGACUUGCCUGUUGAUACUUGGAAGAUCAUGAUGUACUCUGAGAUUCUGGACUACCACAAUGUGGACGCUCAGAACGGUGAGGAAGUCGGUGUUCCUCAAUAG